AUGUUGUGGAUCGCCAUCUCAUUUCUCUUCUUUCUGGUCUCCCCUGCUGCUUCAACUUUGGAUGGUAGUGUAAAUGACUCCACAAAACAGAGACGUGAGCAAAUCGUUGCACGUCACGGUGCAGUUGCUGCAGAUGACGGCCGAUGUUCAAUGAUCGGGACGAAUGUUCUCCGGAUUGGGGGGCAUGCUGUUGAUGCAGCAGUGGCUGCUUCCCUUUGCUUGGGAGUUGUUAGCCCAGGAUCAAGUGGUAUAGGUGGAGGAUCCUUCAUGCUACUCAGGGAAGCCAAUGGGAAAGCACAAGUAUUCGACAUGAGGGAAACAGCUCCGAUGAAAGCCUCCGAGAACAUGUUUGUAGGCAAUGCUACUCUAAAAGCCAGUGGUGGGCUAUCUAUAGCAGUGCCAGGACAACUUGCUGGCCUUCACAAAGCUUGGGAACAACAUGGAAAGCUUCCAUGGAAAAGGCUGGUGAAACCUGCUGAGACUCUUGCUCAAAAAGGGUUCAAAAUUUCCCCGUAUCUCCGCAUGCAAAUGGAAAGUUCGAAAUCAUCAAUAUUGGCAGAUAAGGGGCUUCUCCAUGUUUUCGCACCAAAUGGGGAGCUUUUGAAAGUUGGUGACAUAUGCUAUAAUAAGAAGCUAGCGGAAACUCUACACUACAUUUCAGUAUAUGGGGUAGCAGCUUUCUAUAAUGGAUCCAUUGGAGCUAAUUUGGUAAAAGAUAUUGAAAAUGCCGGCGGGAUAUUGACAUUAACGGACCUGAAGAAGUAUGAAGUUAAAAUGAGGGAACCAGUUUCAGCUAACGUUCUAGGCCUCGAAAUUCUUAGCAUGCCACCGCCUUCCUCCGGGGGAGCAUCAAUGGCACUUAUAUUGAACAUUCUUGCACAAUAUGCAAUCCCAAGCGGCCUUUCAGGAUCACUGGGAACCCAUAGACUAGUUGAAGCCUUGAAACAUGCGUUUGCAGUGAGGAUGAAUUUAGGUGAUCCUGAAUUUGUCGAUGUUACCAAAGUAGUAGCCGAUAUGCUCUCUCCCAAGUUCGCACAAGAGUUAAGGAAAACCAUUUACGACAACACCACUUUUGGCCCCAAAAACUAUGGUGGCAGGUGGAACCAGAUCAAUGAUCAUGGCACAAGCCAUGUAUCCAUAGUGGAUGCUAACGGAAAUGCUGUAUCAAUUACUAAUACGGUGAAUGCAUUCUUUGGUUCAAAAAUACUUUCACCAAGCACCGGUAUAGUCCUCAAUAAUGAAAUGGAUGACUUCUCCAUGCCAAGUAAUAAUACCUCUGGAAAUACGCCGCCGGUGGCGCCGUCCAACUUCGUCCGCCCCGGCAAAAGGCCCUUGUCGUCAAUGACUCCUACUAUUGUUUUGAAGGAUGGGAAGCUGAAAGCCUUGGUGGGUGCAAGUGGAGGAGCUAAUAUCAUUGCUGGGACUACACAGGUUUUCUUGAAUCAUUUUGCUCUUGGGAUGGAUCCACUCUCCUCCGUUAUGGCACCAAGGGUCUACCAUCAGCUGAUACCCAAUGUUGUGAUGUAUGAGAACUGGACAACUGUGAUUGGAGACCAUUUCGAAGUUCCUGCAACAAUAAGGAGUGACCUUCAAAAGAAGGGCCAUGUCCUACAAGUCUCAGCCGUCUCAACUGUUAGCCAAUUUAUAGUUCAUAAUUUAGAUGGGUUGAAGGGAAAUGGAGAGCUUGUGGCAGUUAGUGACCCUAGAAAAGGAAGGUUCCCUGCCGGUUUCUGAUUCCCUGUUUUGUGGGACUGUGGUAGAUGUCCUCC